AUGUCAGAACUGUAUUUCAAAAUUUUGAUCCCGAAUACUGCAGCAGGGGCAGUCAUUGGCAAAGGAGGAGAGGCUGUCGAAACAAUUAAACGCCAGACUGGGGCGAGACUCAAAAUGUCCCGGGCAAAUGACUUCUAUCCAGGAACCACUGAAAGAGUUUGUUUGAUUAUUGGCACACUCGAAUCAUGCAUGAAACUGCAUGACUACGUGAUGAGUAAAAUUUACGAACGACCACAAAAUAUAACUAUAAUAACUCCUACUGGAAUUAGUUGUAUGGAGCGCCACAAACAAGUUAAAAUUCUGGUUCCAGACAGUACUGCUGGUAUUAUUAUUGGAAAGCAUGGUUAUUUUAUUGAAAAAAUAAAAAAAGAAAGUUGUGCUUUCAUUCAAGUUUCUCAGAGACCGAAGGACAUUCGACUAUUCGAGCGAUGUGUUGUAAUAACUGGUGAAUUAGAAGAGAGAAGAAAGGCGGUGGAAAUGAUAAUGCACAAAAUGCUUGAAGAUCCUGACUUACCUUAUUAUUCAAAUUGUUCUUACUCUCAAAUCACAGAGCCAAUCGCUAGCGCGUUCUCAAUAGGUUCUCCGUUCGCAAUGGCCUACCAACCUUCAGUAAAUCCGAAUGGUUUGGAUUUAAAUUUCGUCAACACUCCUGACAUUUCUGUCCCAAAUUUCCCUGAUAAUAGUUUACCUAACUUAACGUCUGAAUCUGGAGAGUAUGCGUCGAUCCCAAACCAAUUCGGUCAGUUUCAUCAUAAUCAGUCCAUUCCACUACCAUAUGCCAAUACUGCGUCGUCUGGUACAGUGAAUCACCUCACGUCAACUGGCCAACCUUUAACACUGAAUAAUGCUAAUCAUAUUGUUAAUUUGCCUCAAUGUAACACUGGUAGUCAUCCGUUCAUAAUACAACCGAAUUUGACGAUUGAUCAAUCAAAAUCCCUCCAUUCUAACGUGACUUUAGAUCAAAUGAUGUAUCUGGGACAUCCUACAAUCCAUUGUCAAGAUUUUCUGCUACGUACAUGUGGUGCACAAAAUUGUAUCCUACAAUGCCCUAUGAAAUUGAAUGAACAGAUUACCUUGGCGCCGCCACCAUUAGCAUUCACAAACCAGCCAACUGCAGAAACAAAGGUGGAUAACGAAUCCAACUUAUUCGUGUCAAAUAGUCAACUGGGUGAUAGAAGUCUAACAGUGGUUGGAAGUGAAAAAGAACAUACUGUACCUUUCAUAAUAUCCGGUGAUACUAUCCCGUCUCAUUCUCGCUAUCUGAGCGGAGAAUCAGUUGAUUCCGCUUUGACAGAAAGUCUACUCAGUGUCAAGUUGCAGUCAUCCACAGAGGACUUUAUGACUGAUCUCUUUCAGCCUCAACAACAAAUCCAUCACCAGAUAUCGCAGGUUCAUACAGUCCUAUCCCCUGAAUCAGUCUACUCACUUGCUUCAAGUACUCAAAAAUCCAAAGGCUCUUUAUGUAGCUCUAAUCAAAGUUUGGUAAUAGAUUCUCAGAAAUCUGAUUCUCAGACUUUAUUUGUACCAAAUGAUAGUUACAAUCGAUUUUUGCCAGGUCAAAAUAAAUCGCCAGAAUUCACAUGCUUACCUAGCGGUUAUUAUGCUCCUGGUGUUGGCGGUAUUCUUCUAGUUGGUACUGUACCGCAACUUCAUAAUGCUCUUCACUUAUUAGAAUGGCAAGCGAAACAACAACCAGUGAACAAUUUAAUACCGGGAACAGGGAUUACAAGUACACAUCAAACAAAUGGGACAUUCAACUCUUAUAUUCCAGCAUCAUCUUUAGGACAAACAAUUGCAGCACCAUUAUCAUCAGUAUGUAGGAAUGAUACAGGCAAUCUAGUCUACACAACUUCAUUUAGUUCAAAUGUAGCUUUAAAGCUGGAUACCAUUCAACCAUUGUCAAUGCCUAAACAUCUGACUCAGUUGAGCCUACAUGUACCGGUUAAUCAGCAUUAA